GUGAUUGGAAAAAGAUCUUCCACCCAUAGAGACAAGGGGGAAAGGAGCAACAGAGAGUAGAGAUAAGUGAGAGGAACAAAGGUGGUUAAAAAUGAGUUUUCUGCUGUCUUUUUACGGGACUUUGAACAACUCCGCCCCCAAGACACAACCCUAAAACACUCUAGAAGCUUCAAGGAAUCAUACUUACAGCUUCCUGGCCUUAGAAGAUAGUUACAAUACAUGAAAUAGGUAAAUGCUGGUAACCUGUGUACUGUAUCUAACCCAUUACAGUCCUCACCACAGCUUUAGGUACAAGAAGGUCCCAUUCUGCUUGCAGUGUUCUGGAUAUUUUGUGGGAGAAAAUGAAUCUGACUGAGUAUUUUGCAAGAAUCGGCUACAAAGAGCCUAAUCACAAAGCAGAUCUAAAAACUUUGACCGAACUCCAUGAACACCACAUCAGGUCGAUCCCGUUUGAAAACCUCAGCAUUCACUGUGGGGAGAAGAUCACCUUAGACCUGGAAACCAUCUACAACAAACUUGUGAGAAACAAACGAGGGGGGUGGUGUUAUGAAAACAACCAGCUCUUCUCCUGGGUGUUGAAAGAGAUAGGGUAUGAUGUUACUUACCUGGGAGCAAAGGUACCUGGCCUCCAGCCAAAUUGCUUUGAGUCUCAUCUCUUCAUCAAAGUGCUCGUUGAUGGGAAGCCAUACAUAGCUGAUGUGGGUUAUGGAAUCUUCUGGCAAAUCUGGCAGCCCCUGGAACUCAUUUCAGGGAAGGACCAGCCUCAGCUUCCUGGCGUCUUUCGUCUUGAUGAAGACAAGGGUGUUUGGAACCUGCAGAAGACUGGACGCAGGUCUGAUGUCCCAAAUGAAAGCUUUGGUGUUUCCUCCCUAUUGGCCAAUUCUCUUUUUAAAAAGGUUUACAGUUUUACUUUGGUGCCACGACAAAUUAAAGAUUUCACUGAGACGUGCACUUUUUUCCAGACGUCUCCGGAAUCCUUGUUCACCAAUAAGUCUGUCUGCUCCUUGCAGGCCGCCACUGGGUUUCGCGCUCUGAUUGGGUGGACUUACUGUGAGGUCACCUAUAACUACCAGGAAGGGGUUGAUCUGAUUGACGUGUCUACAGUCCCUGAUGAAGAAGUGGAGAAGGUGCUCGAAGAGAAGUUUGGUGUGGCAUUAGAAAAUAAACUUGUGUCUGUUAACAAUAAAAUACAUCACUAAAUCUGACUAUCAAUAUGUUAUCAGCCAGAAACAACCAUUUGACAGAAUGGUUGGUAUCUGAUUUGGAUGAAAGAAAGCAGAAUAAAAAAAAAAAAAAUGUGGACUCCUUGCUGGUAUGAUGAUAUGUGCAACAGAGAAUUCAUUAAAAUAUUAAUUUACUACUAGAUCUAUAUAAUUUUUAGUGCUGGGACAAAAAUUCCAACAAACACUGCUUGAUGUAUUUUGAAAAUAUAUAUGACCAUGUUGUAUUUGUUUCUACAAGAUAAUUUAUAGAAUCACAAAAGAUUUCCUACGAAGCAAACCAAAACUAAAUAAAUGAUACACAUUCUACUCUUCUGAAGAGGGUUUCGCUCCUGUACUGAUAUGGUAAUUUUCUAUUUUGUUCAGCUUAUUCAAAAACGCAAGAAUAUUUGAAUAUGUAUUUGAAUUUUGAAAGAACAUUCAAAACUUGAAAAACCCUUGAUCAUCCUAGCUAUAUAUAUAUAUAUAUAUAUAUAUAUAUUUUUUUUUUUUUAUUAUUAUUUUUUAUUAUUUGUUCCAUUUAAUUAAAUUGAAACUCUCUGUGAGUCUUGUGAAACCACCUCUGCUCUCACACAAACCUCAAUGCCACCCCCAGUAAAGAGAUAUAAAACAUUAACCAAGCAUGCUUGCAGAAGGUUCUUUUUCAGCUCUUGAGGUUUCAUUACAUCAAGCUGUUAAACCACACAGGACCUCAAAACACCACCUUCAGACCAGGGUCAAGUAGUUUUGGAGCCUCAGGACUAUGCAAUGCUCCUACUGUGAAGAUGCUUAAAAAUUCAGUGCCUAAGACACUACUGCACCCCACCUUCUCUCUCUUUGUAAACCUUUACAAAAUCUUAAGCAUGCAAUUCUUUACUGGAGAAGUGCUGGUUGUCAGCUG